GUGAGAGUUUUACCUAAUCUGGGGUCUCAGAAGCAAUCCCGAAUUACUGCUGCUGUGGCGUGGUCAACAUGCUUUGGUGGUUGCACCUACAUCAGCAGCGCAGUGUCCGUGUGUCUGGUUGCUGCUGCAAUAGCAAUGUUGUGGGUCUGCUUCUGUUGUUGGGGUGCAGACUUCAUGGGAGUGUGGGGACCAUCCUGUCACCCCUGCCUAAAUUGGCACCUAGGGUUGGUUCCCAUUCCAGAAGCACCAGGAUUUUCACCCUCCUCUGCUCUUCUCAGAAACAUAAUGAUGGAAGCAGUGGCAGUGUUGUUUGCAAAUGCGAAAUAUAGGUAGGCUCUGUAGAUGAGACUCUGAGCAAGGUCUUUCAGUCCAGAAAAGUUGAGUCUAAUGAUUAAUCUGGUUCCAGAAAAAUGUAGCCUCAGGAAUCAGCAGAUAAGAGAAGGCUCUAUUCUAAAAAUGUAUUGAACAAAAAGAACCAAUUAAAAUGUCAUUUGGGAUUUCUUUUAGAGCAAGGAGCUAUCCAGCUACCUUGCACAAUGUGCACCCCUACACACUAAUGUCCCUGAAAAUUCUUGACAACUGGCUCAUCAAAAGCCAAUGGAACUGAGCUAACUUUGAAAAUAGGAAAUUGUGUUUGUAACACAGUUACAUUUAGAUUGACCUAAGUAGGGUUAGGUUGAUCUAAAUGCCUAAACAUGAAGAUGCUCAGGGAGGUUAAAGCAGGCAAAAUAAAUGGUGGACCCAAUCUAUGUAAAUUCACCUGAGGAGGUAAACUAACUUAGACUGGGAAUGGAUAAGCCUGAUUUUCAUAGAUUCAUAGAUGUUAGGGUCGGAAGGGACCUCAAUAGAUCAUCGAGUCCGACCCCCUGCAUAGGCAGGAAAGAGUGCUGGGUUUAGAUGACCCCACCUAGAUGCUAGGGUUUAGAUGACCCCCAGCUAGAUUUUGUGAGCAUCUAUGUGUGUUUGAAGCAUAGCCCAGGGCUGGAAAAGUCCAGACUCUCACCCCAUCCUCUGAGUUCCCAAGAAACUACAUGAGUUUUCUUAUAUUUGAAAAUAAGAAGCCAGGCCUGAUUCUUUAAGUGGAAAUGACCUCUGUUCCAAGAGGAAGUGCUUUGACAAAAAAGAAUAAACACACUGCUUCAUUUACUAGUUUAUCCAAUUUGCUUUUAAUUUACCAAGUCUCCCAGUGUAGGGUCCAUAGAAAAUGCAGCAUGGCCCUCCAAAUUGUGAUUCUUCAGUUCUGUAAGAUUUGGUACAGUGACCAAAUCUUUUGUUGUGGCUUAUGAAGGACUGGGCAAGAAGCAUCUUUUACUAGGGUCUGAUUAUGCCAACAAUGCUACUGAAGCAAAGUGAAAGUGAAUUUCUGGUGUUGGACACAUGCUGUUUGCUUGCUCUCUUGAGCUAAAAGGCAGAGAGUGGGAGAUGAUAGGAAGGGGUGUGACUGAACUAUAGGGGAAAAAAGCAAGAGGAGAUGAUUGCCUCAUGAAGUUUCAAAGCUUUGGCAGAUUCACAUCCUUAAUAUAAUGAUACAGUGUGAUACCUCUUCAUUCUCCUGUUGUCAUUAUAACUUUGCUAAUAAAUACUAGGCCUUGAAAUGGUCCAAAUUCUGUUGCCAUACGCUCAGAAAUAAAUCUGCAGUAAUUCCAUUGGACUCCAUGGAAUUUCUUCAUGUUUAUGCUGGUAAAACUAAAGGUAGAUUUGCAUUCAGUUACAUAAUAAUGUGUUUCAUAUUGUACAUGACAAACCAAUGUAUAGAUCUAGAGUUUGUAUGUUUGAAAUGCAACUUGUGUUGCAGCUGAACUCUUAGAAUUGGGACUUGUAGGUAAGAAAUGAUGUAUGACUGCAACAAAUAGCCAACAUACAUAUGCCGAAAUAAUAGCACAAUUGCCACACAAUCAUUCAGAUCUGACAGAGUUCACAGGGGACAAACUAUAUGAACACCAGCAUCAGUCAGUUUCAAGUGGACAGAAGGCUUGCCAUAAUUAUUCACACUGUUUUACUCAGUUUAUUUGAUGAUUAAUUUAGUUCAGUUUAGGACAUGACAGCAAUCAGAGUUAUAGUGUGGGCAGAUGCAUUUCAACUGAUCUGCUUCCUAUGGAGGGCCAGGUUUUAGUCUUAGGAAAUGUUAUCUAGAUCUUUUUGUACUGUCACAGAUUGUCAUACACUAUUGUGAUCAGAUUAUCCAUAUUAAUACACUAUUUGAUAAGAUAAUCAGUAAACCAUUAUAAAACAAUCUAAAUGACAGGACUGCCUGUCAUCCAGCUUUAUACUGAUUAGGAUCCAUGGAUAUAGAGUUGCUAAUCAGCUAGCUCAUUCAUUUCAAUAAAGCUAUUUUUUUCACAAAUUACUGGCCCAUAAUUACUUUGGGAAUUCUAAAUAAUAUUUCUGAGAUCUUUUUAACAGUACAGAAGCAGCCUUGCAAAUGAAACAAAAAAGUACCAAUUAGAUUGAAAUGAAAUUUAUGUCACAGUGACUUAAGUGAAUUCUAUGAAAGUUAAAUGCUGGCUGGGACAGAGAAACACAAACUACAAUAUACACAUCAGUUGAUACAAAUAAAAGAAUAUCAUAUUAGGACACAUUUUAGAGAAAUGUCUUGAUGAUAACCAACUGCUUUUUAUCAUCCAGUUUUGCAUCAUAUAACCAAAGCUACUGUUUACUUAGUCCUGAUUAAGAUACUAAAUUAUUAGAUUCAUUUAUGUAAAAUCAAUAUUUUUAUGGCAGUGAUGAUGGCAAGACGUAUAGAUGGUAUGGAUACAAAAAGGAGGAGAGAGAAAGGUUAUGAACAAAAAGGGAAAAACAAGAAAAGUAAACUUUUAGUCAUAAUUUCAACUUAAAUUAUACUGAAAUUGAACAAUAAAAAAGGUGUGCCUAUUUUUAAAAAUAAUAAAAAGAAAAGAAAACAGUGGGGGGAAAAAAGAACAUUGAAAUGACUGAAUGAAUAUUAAAAACAUUAUCUGAGCUGAACAGGUAAUCAUCAGUGAAUGUAGAUCUCACCCUCAUUAAGUCAAGAGAAAGGAACCUGAGUCCUUAGAUUUCUCUUGUUAUGCUUUGCUUAAGUAGAGUGAGAAGACUUUUAUAUACUGUUGAAAGGGACCUUAAAUGGAGUAGGUGUCUAAAUUCCAUUAAGAAUGGAUGUGUUCAUUCUUUCGAACACAAUUAUUCUUUUGAGGGAAUUUCCUAAACAACAAUAGUUUCUUAAAAGAUACUCAUUAAAACUUGAGAUAAAAUGAAAAUAAAAGCAGAAGAGAGAAUUUUGUACAACAUCUCUAGAUGUAUAAAAGUCAUAAGUUAAAUGAGGUCAGAGAUCCUUGGUUUAUUUACAGAGAAAAGAAAGGUCUUUUUUUAUUGGAAGAGAGCUGUAUCCCUUUAAUGAGUCACAGAUCGGCUUGACAUUCCCCUUAAAGCAUCUGUAACAGGCAUUGUAGAACUUUCCUUCCAAUGAUGCUGUGGUACUAAGGGGACAUAGCACGUAAGUACAACAGGAAAAAACCUAGGGUGUGUCUACACAGCAGAAUGCAGUGCUUUGUAAAUAGCUCAUUUGGGGCUAACUUAGUUAUCUCAGUUCCUAGAAGUAUAUCACUGUGUUAGCACAAUAGUCUGCUUGGCUUAUUAACUGUGUGGAGAAGCCAUACUUAUCCUUUCAGACUAUAUCCUCAUUAAGUGAAAAGAUGCAUUUAGGAAGAGCUUAGUGAACACCAGCUGGCUAUGCCUACUUAACAACUUUACAGUCAAUACAACUAACGCUAACACACAGAACAGCAGGUGGAGUGCAUGCAGAUAAAUGAGAGAAUAAAAUUCUGUGGGACACAAUACAAAAUAAUAAAUGGCACAUUUACUUAGUCAUUCCUUUUGCCCACUUAUUAUGUGAGAACCCUGGCUUCUGUUAGUUCUGGAGGACAAAAUAAGGAUGAUAAAACUGGGCUGCUUUAUUCUCAAAUUCCUUGUUUUCAAAGACAUACAAAAAACUAGAACGCUUGGUUCCAAAACGAUACCUUUUAUUAGACCAACUGGAAAAUGGCAAGAAAACUGUCCUUUUCUGCAAGCUUUCCAGAUCAAAGUUUUUAUCAUAGUUUUUAGUUGCAGACUUACAUAUAUGAUCAAUUGCUAUUCUGUAAGGGCAUCAAGCAAAACUAGCCAGCUUCAAUUCUAUGUUAGCUAAGUUUCUAAGAGAGUACAGAAAGACAUAAAAAGAAAGUUACAUGUUAUCCUUAGACCAUACUAAGGGGACUUAAAAUGUGAUCAUCUGAAAGUUAAAGCUCAUUAACUUAUACUAAGUGCUCUCUGAGUGUGUCAAAGAUGUGCCACUUCAGACAAAGGUUAACUCUGGGGCAUGUUACCUAGCUCAUGUUAGGGUAACUUCAGUCUGCUCCGGAAAGAAAAUCAACAAUUUCAUAGAAUCACAGAAAAUUAGGGUUGGAAGGGACCUCAGAAGAUCAUCUAGUCCAACCCCCUGCUCAAAGCAACACCAGCCCCAACUAGAUCAUCCCAAUCAAAGCUUUGUCUAACCAGGUUUUGAAAACCCCAAGGUUGGAGCUUCCACCACCUUUCUGGUUGACCUGUUCCAAUGCUCUCUCAUUCUAGGAUGCACCACUCCCAGAGCAAAGAUAGAGUUCAGGUAUCCCGGCUCCUAUAAAUUAGUAUGGUAUAUAUUAAGCAUAACAUAUAACUUCACCCUUAUUUACAAAUCCAUUUCCACAACACUCCUACAAAAAUACAGCAGACCUGCUUGUGAAAUGUAAUUAAUAAAACACAAUUUCAAUGACAGAAAAUAAUCCAAUUUUUAAGUCUAGUGCUUUUUCCUCUACUCCUAUUUUGGCUUCAUUUAAUAAGCAUUUUUAUGGCUGAACAUUUACAGCCAUAAAGAAAGUUAUCAGUGAAGUCAAGUUUACAAUCCAGGAAUGAGGUGUUCCCAAUAUCACACACAUUCCUCCAGAUAAGUGGUUCUCAACCUCUUUAUGUACUGGGCACUUGUCCAUAACUUUUGUGAAUUGAGCAGCACUCCAUUUUAUCAUCUAUUUAAUACAGUGCUUAGUUCCUUUCACAGGGGCCCAACAGUGGAAAGGCAAGGGGAGAAGGAGCAGCUGGGCAACAACAAAACUGUGCGUAUCUCCUUACACCCCAUGGCACCUUUCAAAGGAUCUUACAGCACCCCAGGGUGAUACAGAUUAAGAGUCACUGUCAAUGACACAGUUUGAGUCACAGAUUAAGAGUAGCUGUUCUGGAUCAAGUAUACCUUUUUUGACUAAUCACUAUGCACAGUAUCCUUAAAAUUAAUGAAGAAUGAAAAGCUUACAUCAGCCUUCACAUUGAUUGCAAAGAUAAAAUUACAAUUAAAAAGCAUUGAAAAAAAGAUAAUGAAGAGAUUCCAUCAUGCUAAACCCACGAUAAUUGCUAUCUAUUUUCCUUCCCUGUGGAAUUCAGCAAUCUUCAGAAGUUAGAAUGGGAUUAUGUCCAUCACUGGUCACACAGUGAUAGAUUUAAUAGCUGUUUCACACAAAUUAUUUUACAAAUAUGUUUCUUUGUUGUUGUUUUUUUUUAAAUAACAAGGAAAAAUGACAAACCAAAUGCAUUAAUUGUGCAGGCUGAUCUAUGUAUGUGUUAUCCCUCAGGAAUUAUGGAAGUAAUAAAGAUAAUUCAAGCAUUAUCUUUCUUACUGUUUGAAUCCUAAGUGGUUAUUAGUACACAUUACUUCAUUUUUAGAAGAAAUCUUUCUUGAAGAAAAGAUAUAGUAUAACAGUAGAAUUAUCAUUGAGUGAUUGUAUUUAAAUGUUGCUAGAAUUGAUAAAAAUAUAGAAGCAAUGUGUUAUUAAAUAACAAAUGCACAGCUGAGUUUAUCAAAGUAUCUAAUGCUUGGAGAUCUUCAAGUUUGCUUCUCGAAAUUAUUUACCAACCCCAUUUCCCAGAGACAUACAAGUGAAAAUUAAAAGUAAUAAAGGCCCUGAAGGUCCACUAUAAAAGAUAAUAUAAUGCCAAUCUAAAAAAAAAAAAAAAAAGAGGUUUUAAUUGAAACAUGAAUUACUCCAUUUUUCCUAGAACCUUAAAACUUUUUUUGUAUGUAGCAUAAUGGCUCACUGCUCUUAAGUGUAUAAGUCUAUAGUGCAACAGGGUGAUUCAGGAGUAUCAAACUUAUGGCCUGUGGACUGGAUCUGGCCCAUGGAGCCGUAUGAUUUGUCCUAUGUGUCACUGGAUUGGCACAAGCCCCACAUGCUUACCUUCAUGAAGCAUGCCACUCCCCACAGCUGGCCCUAUGCACAAUUUGGAAACAAUCUGGAUCAGUCCAUCCAGGAACAGCAUACAAGGAUGGUCUUGUGCACAGGGCAUGCUGGGCCACCUGCACAUGCAGUAUGCAGAGCCAGCACAGGAUGUGUCCGGCCCAGGAUGUGUCCUGCCAGCACAGGAUGUGUCUUGCCCACAGAGUGCCAGCUGAACUGACACUGGACAUAACACACGGAAUCUUGGUGGGUUGUAUGAAAUGGCCCAGAUCAGCCCCCUGUACCACCUAUAGAACUGGGCCCAUCCUGCGCACCACAAGCUGCAUGUGCCCCAUGCCCAUGUGCUGGCAUGUGCCCCGCUACCUUUCCAUAAGGAUAUUUAUGGUUAAACACUGGGUUUCUGUUUUUCCAUAUGUACUAUAAAAGUUUUAGUUCCUGAAACCAAGAAUAAUUUUUGUCAUCCUUAAGAUAGUGAUUUACAAUGGAAGUUUCUAUCCACCAUUGGAGGUAUGAUACUUAGGUGUACACAUUAUCACCUAAAAGAAAUAUGCCAUUGAUGAUCAGCUGCUAGUGCAUUUUAAUGGAUGGAGAGUAGCAGAAUAACAGAGUCAUAUUCUGUACCCUUAUUAAGUUGAUGUGUUAGAUGUGUUGACUAACAAGCUUGUGUACUAAUAACCACUUAGGAUUCAAACAGUAAGAAAGAUAAUGCUUGAAUUAUCUUAUAAUUAUCACUAUAAGAUGAUUAAUGUAGUCUGUUGAGUAGGAGGGCAAGGUAGCAAUAUCAGAACAAAAAACAAGCUGAUAUAUAACCAGAAGCAACUGCAAGGACCCAAGCCCAAACUGAACACCUGUCCAUGGACUUAAGCAAUGUUUAAACUAUUUUAUGAAUGUUCUGAAAGGACUGUUUCAUCUGGUUUUUGUUGGUGGUGUUUGUGCCUCCACGUGUGCAACACUAAAAUAAAGUUUAUGUUCUAUAUUCUAAUGAACUGUGUAUUCAAAUUUAGAAAAGGUGUCAGUUGCUAAGGAUCAAGUUUUGCUUGUAAAUUACAUCAACAAUUUCUCCUUAACUAUGCCUAACAAUGACUAACUUUCAAUAUAUAAAUGUGAAACAUUCUAAUACAACCUUGUGAAAAUCUUAAUCAAACCUAUCUUUUAAAUGGUUGGACCCUGAGGUAUGGCUUUAGUUAUUUCUGGGAUAAAUCUUAGCAUAAUCACGGUAAAGGGUUUGUGUAUAGAGUUUAUGUGUAGCUUGAUAAGUUCUUGAUAACAAUGCAAGGAUAACUGAAUAUAUAGGUGGAUGUAUGUUCCAGUUUGGCUGCUUUUACCUAAAAUUCUAAGUACUGACUGGUAUGGAAUAAACUCAUAGUGAACCCCAACUUCCAGUCACUUCAGAGCAAACCUUUAAAACAUGAAGUGUGUCUGUGGCUGGUUGUUUCAGAAUUCUGUAUUUCAAAGGUGGCCAUUCUUAGUCGAGCAUUAUUUCUAACUGAUCGUUUUGUUUAGGUUGUCAAUGCAGAAAUCACUUACAGCAGAUGACAAUAAAAUACAUCAGGAAUAGGAAGCAUUUUUAAUACUGAAAAUCACCUAAUAGAUUAGCAGAGAAUCAAUAUUUGUAAAAGAAGAAAGGUGAUGCUUGGUAAAAGCUUUCCUUUUCCCCUUCCAUGGAUGAAUACAGAUUGAAAGGAAGUUUCAGCAUGAAUUGUCAUACAUCACUAUGUCUUGUGCUGACAAUGGUUCAGCUAUGGCCUUGCUUUCUAAGUACACAAACGCAUGCCAUCCAGAAUACAGACCAACCUUUUUCAGCAGCCCGGAGAGUGAAACGUGGUUGGGUGUGGAACGUAUUUUUUGUGGAGGAGGAAAUGAACUUAACAGAGCCUGUCUAUGUUGGUCAGCUGAAGUCUGAUUUAGACAAAGAGGAUAGCACCUUUAAAUACAUUUUGACUGGUGAGGGAGCUGGAAGCAUUUUUACCAUCAAUGAGACAACAGGUGUCCUUCACGUGAUACAGAAACUUGAUAGAGAAAAGAAAGCCCUGUACACUCUAAGAGCGCAGGCAAUUAACAGGAAUACUCAGCUGCCCAUGGAACCUGAAUCAGAAUUUGUCAUCAAAGUUAAGGAUAUCAAUGAUCAAAGGCCACAGUUUUUGGAUGGACCUUAUGAGGCCACUGUUCCUGAGAUGUCUCCAGAAGGUACUUCUGUUAUACAGGUAACAGCCACCGAUAGAGAUGAUCCUUACUAUGGAUACAAUGCACGUCUGCUUUAUAGUAUAAUUCAAGGGCAGCCCUAUUUCUCUGUGGAGCCAAAAACAGGAGUCAUUAGAAUUUCUUCUGAAACGGAUAGAGAAACUCAGGAGAAAUACUUUAUCAUCAUCCAAGCCAAAGAUAUGAUUGGGCAAAUGGGUGGAUUUUCAGAAACAGCAACUGUAACUAUCAACCUUUCUGACAUCAAUGACAAUGCCCCUAAAUUUCAACAUACACUGUACCAUAUGACUGUUUCUGAAGCUGCACCACUGGGCACUACCAUAGGCAAAAUCAUGGCAGAUGACAGUGACAUAGGGGAAAAUGCAGCCAUGAAUUAUGUCAUUGAAGGAGAUGCCUCCUAUGUUUUUGACAUCAUUACAGAUAAUGAAACCCAAGAAGGAGUUGUUAUAUUAAAAAAGAAAGUGGAUUAUGAAACCAAAAGAAAAUACAGUAUUAAAGCAAAAGUUAUCAACAGGCACACUGAUGAGCGUUUUCUGAAUGAGGGACCAUUUGAAGACUCGACCCUUGUCAGGAUCACUGUGGAAGAUGCUGAUGAACCUCCAGUUUUCACCUCACAGGAAUAUGUGAUGGAGAUAGCUGAAGGGUCUGAGAGCGGCUCUUUUGUAGGGGCUGUAAAUGCCAGCGAUCCAGACAAUACCAACAGUCCCAUCAGGUAUGCUAUUGUCCAUGGCAUGUCUUUAAAGAGAUUGUUCAGCAUCAAUGCACAAAAUGGAACAAUCAUUAUAACUAAGCCUCUGGACCGAGAGAUAACUGCUUGGCACAACAUAACUGUUACAGCCACAGAAGCAAGAAACCCAGAACAAAUUUCUGAGGCCCCUGUAUACAUUCAUGUUCUUGAUGUUAAUGAUCAUGCUCCAGAAUUCCCUGAAUAUUAUGAGACCUAUGUGUGUGAAAAUGCAGAACCUGGCCAGCUAAUUCAGACCAUCAGUGCAGUGGAUAAAGAUGAUUCAGUGGAAGGCCAUCACUUUUACUUCUCUCUCCAAGAGGAGACCACAAACAACUCGGGUUUUUCUGUCAGAGAUAAUCAAGAUAACACAGCUGGGAUUCUUACAGUUAAAAAUGGCUUCAGUAAACAAGAACAGCUUGCUUUCUACUUGCCUAUCUUAAUUGCGGACAAUGGAGCCCCAUCACUUACCAGCACAAACACUCUAACUGUCACUGUCUGUGACUGUGAUAAUGAAGCUAAUGCCCUGUUCUGUCGAUAUGGAGCUUUCAUGUAUGCCAUGGGUCUCAGUACAGAAGCCUUAGUUGCUGUUUUGGCAUGUAUAUUAAUACUACUAGUGUUUGUUUUGGCAAUUCUGGCCCUAAGGCAGCAGAGAAAGAAGUCGCUAUUUUCUGAGAAGGCAGAAGAGUUCAGAGAAAAUAUUGUCAGGUAUGAUGAUGAAGGAGGUGGAGAGGAGGACACAGAGGCUUUUGAUAUUGCAGCAUUGAGGACCCGUACUGUCAUGAGAGAGCACAAGCCUCGAAGAAAUAUCACAACAGAAAUCCAGAGCCUUUACAGACAGUCUCUGCAAGUUGGACCUGACAGUGCUGUGUUCCGGGAAUUCAUUUCAGAAAAGCUUAAGGAAGCCAAUGCAGAUCCUAAUGGUCCUCCAUAUGAUUCCCUUCAGACAUAUGCAUUUGAGGGGACUGGUUCUUUGGCUGGAUCCCUUAGCAGUUUAGGAUCACAUGUGUCAGACAUGGGUGAGAGUUAUGAUCGCCUUAGUGAAUGGGGGCCACAUUUUAAACAACUUGCCAAGCUAUACUGCCCCCACAAAACUGCAAGGGAUUAGUAACCGUUAGUGGCCACAUUUUUUUAAGUGCUCAUCAGCCAAAAUCAAGUUUGAAUUUUCAAAGAAGAUCAACAUAUUUAAGCACCCACUUGAAAUGCCCAGAUUUAUUAAAAGAUAGAACAAUGUUGGAUGGUUGAGAUCUUUUGUAUCAUAAUAUAAAGUGGCAUAAUAAGAAGUGAUUAAUCUAGCCCCAUGUUAGGUGCUUACAUUGUAAGCUAUGCUCUUUGAAAAUCCAGUCCCAAUUAUGGCUGCUGAAAAUUUGGCCUAAAAAACAGAUGAAAUAAAAGCCAUAAGAUUUUUGUAAAUAAUCUUCUUGGUUUAAGCUUUAAACUAUUUCCAAAGUUAAAGCAGACUUUUUUUUGUUGGUUUAUAUUAACCAAAGUUAAAUCGUGCAUAUUUGCAUUCUUUUAUAAAUACCAUUGUACAAAAAGAUAGAGAAUAGGCAUUUUAAAAUGCUUGUCUGUCACAAAAACUUACAGAAUCUUCUGGUUAUUUAUUUUUAGCAUAAUAAGACUACAACAAAUGUAGUAUUUAGCACUGUAAAAAUAAAGAUCUGUUAUAGUCAACAUUUAGUUAUUAUUACAUUUGCACUUUUAUUAAACCAUUGGGAAGUGUACAGGACUCAUAAAUUUCCCAGGUGAUGUAUGAAGAAAUUAUAAAGGAUAAAAAGUAUUAGAUUCUGCUUCGAAGCAAUAUUCAACUUAAAAACUGUUAUCAGCUUUGUUACAUAUUACUGUACAUAGAACCAAAUAUAACCCAUGUCUGGGCAUCUUCUCUUUUAUUAAGAGCUUAACUGAUGAUUGAUUUCUCAGCACAGAUUUAUUUAUUUUUAUUAUGGAAUAUAAAAUUAGCCGCAGUACUCAUUUUUAUUGUAACAGUAUUAAAGAUCUUUAAAAUGCUAAGCUGGUGGACAUAAAACUUUAUGCAUAACAUUAGAUAAUAAGAUAGUAAAACACUUUAAUGUUAAUCCAGCUCUUCAGUAAAUGAUCCCACAUCAUUCUGCAGGAAUCGAGUCAGACUUCAAAAUUAAUUUCUCACUAUAUUUUUUAACAUAGUGUGUAGCUAGUAUUAAAUUCACGUAGAAUUUUCUUUCAUUUAGCUAUGUGGUUGAUCAGCAGAAAUGCAGCAUCUAAGAACCAUCAAGUACAUUCAAAUAACUUGCUUAAAAAAAGGGGGCAUGACUGUUACUUAUUCACCCUUUUUCCAUUAGGUGCUUAUUUUACAGCAUAAUGUAACGAACCAAAACAUUUCAACAGCUGAAAGCUGGCAUCAGGAUAAAGAAUAUAGUGCAAUUAGCUAUUUAAGUUCGCAGGUAAGCUCCACUAAAUUAUAACAAGUUAGGCAAAGCUUAUACAAAUGAUGAAGAGGCAUGAAGUCAUAUCAAACAUUGCAAAGCAUGUACAAUUACUUGUUUAUUAAAGAAAAAAGCAAGGGCUGAGGCUAAAUAGAAAGGUGCCAAUACCAGAGAUGCUGUAAAUACCUGGCAGCUAAAUAUAACACAAAUGAAGGAGCUUGAGAAGAAGACAGUUCCAAAGGGAAGUGUGUCCAGGGAAGAGAGAUUAUGUACUCAUGACAUCCAUUCUUGGAACUAUAUCAGUGAGCAUGUGACUAACAGCAGAUGAGACAGCACAUGUAUAAUAGGGAAAAGCUGACUGUUGCAGGUUGGAGGCUGAGUUCCUCCUAUAGAUAAAUGCCUAUGGAGCAACUUUAAAAGAUGCACAACAAGGACGCUUUGCAGUAAUGUCUCUAAUGUUUGAAUUCACUGGCACUCCAGCAGAUGGGACAAAAUGAUUUCUAGUUGAGAUAAUAUUGUGCAUAGUAAACAAUUAGCUCCAUGGAAAGGAAUAGAACAGAAAAGCAAAAGUGAACACACAUGUGCUUGCUUGGGUGCAGAGGGAAGUAGAUAGUUUAAGACCAGAUUUUGAAACCCUGCAUUAAUACCUCAUUCCAAAAAAUGGUCCCCUUGACUUAAUAGACUUUUCCUUGAAUUCAGAUUGUAUUAACUACAAGGAAGGAUAUUAGACUCUGAGCUUUAACAUGGUCCAUGGGAAAGGAAUCCUAUUUUGUUUAGUAGGUAAAUAUAAGAAUCCAUUCUUAGCCUCAUAUUAUAGUUGAAUCUGCUUACAGUGAUGCUCCUAUAUUUCAUUUAAUUCUAUUCAUACAAUAAGUAUUCUACAAUAAUGAAGAACAUCUUGCAUUCAAAAGCUUGUUUAACUCUAGCCCAGCUAUGCAGUUGGUCCAAUAAAAUAUACCACCAUAAGAAAUCCUUGCCUCUAAGUUUAUUUAAUUAAUAUAUCAGUGUGCUAUUUCUCCUACUAGCUGCUAUACAGGAACAACUACUAGACAAAGACAUUUCCCUUUUAGUACAAGUAAUAGUAUUAAUGAAACUGAGAUUAAAUCCCAAAUUAAGCAGGGAUCAUUGCAUGGUGUGAGUUUCACCAGGUUUCUGAUAAUAAAUGGCAAAUUAAUGGCCUGAUGCAUAUACUAUAACCAAGCUAAGCAUAUUCUGUUAAACAAUGCCCAAAGAGUGACAUUACAGAAGUCUGCACUUUUAAAGUGUAAAUACCAAGGAGACACAGGCGUUUAACAGGUGAAAGAGCUAUAACCAGGAUUAAUGGGAUAGAAUUAAUAAAGGGAAAAUGUAGGUUGAAUGUCAGCAAUGAUUUCAUGAUGGUGAGAUCUAUUAAAUUAUAGAAUAGCCCUCUCAAGGGAAGCCACUAUUACAUGGGGUGUUUAAAAUUAUAUUGGACAAUUCACUUGAAGAAGUACUGUAGUGAACAAUCCUACAAUGAUGGGGGGAAUCUCAAUCUAGGGUUCAUGACUCCAUGGGGAUGCCACAUGAAAGAGAUCAGUUGAAAGUAUACUCCUUCCUUUUUAUUGAUUUUGAGGGGCAGAAGGUCUUUUGCCAUCUCUAUUUUUUUAUAUUCUAGGGAGAUAAUAAUAAAUACAUUUACAUUUAGACUAAGAAAAUGAAGACUGUUCAUUACUCCACUGUAAAUUUUGUAUAAUACCACAGGCUGAAGUAAAAACUAUAUAACCACAUGUCAUUCAGUGUUUUGACUGGGGAAGGGAAUAAAAAGAUAAAUAUAUACCCAACAUAUUUGGGGAGGGGAGAGCUUUAUUUAUUUAUUUAUUUAUGGUGCAUUUUAAAUUAUAGUGCUGCUUCAGGACACUGAUAAGCUAUUUAUUGGUUACUUCUUUUGUUGUAUUUACAUCUUUUCCCAUAAAUGGUCAUUUAACUAUUAACUUUGCUUUCUUAAUUUGCAUUGGAAGUACAGUUGUUUUCAUUCUUAAAUAUGCAGGGUAACCAUGUCAAAUAAGAAAAAAAAAAUGCCUAAAAGUGUUAUAA